AUGGCAGGCGACGAUAGUGAAUGGCAAAAAUUACCGACCGAUGAAAAGGUUCAACAUAAAUCGUGGAAAGCUCGUUUAUCUGGCUAUGAAGAGUGUAUUCGUUUGUUUCAAGCACAAGAUAAUGAAAAAAGUGCUGAAUUCUCAAAAUAUUUGGGUUUAUUAAAAAAAUUUGUUGCUGACUCGAAUGAAAUUGCGCGAGAAAAAGCGUUGGAUGCCGUUUUCAGCUAUGUUGAAAAUGCAAGCGUAGCUACAAAAACGGUGAGCGAAGUGUCAUCGGGACUGAUUUUGAAAUGUUUCAAUUCACGUUUGAAAACGAAAGAACGUGCCAUCGAUAUUUUGAUGAUGUACAUCGAAAUUGAAAAACAAGAUGUUGUUCAAGAAGAAUUAGUCAAAGGUUUAGAAAAUAAACAACCAAAAAUUGUUCAAUCAUGUUUAGAAAUAUUACGACGAGCAUUGACUGAAUUUGGCUCAAAAACAUUUCCGAUAAAACCAUUUCUAAAAUCUGUGAUACCACUAUUAGACGAUCGUGAUAAAUCUGUUCGAGAUGAAUCGAAGCAGUUGUUGAUUGAAGUAUACAAAUGGAUCGGUAAAACGUUGAUUUCGCUGAUACAAAAUGUAAAACCCAUACAAAUGCAAGAACUGCAGACAGAAUUUGAUAAACUCAAUCCAGCCACCGAUAAGCCGCGUCAAACACGUUUUCUGCGUUCACAACAAGACUUAAAAUUAAAAAUGGAACAAGAGACGACAGAUGGUUUGGCAACAACUACAUUAGAGUCAAUGAAUAUUGAGAAUAACGAUGACGGCGAUGACGCAGCAAAUGUUGACCCGUAUGAUUUGAUGGAGCCCGUAAAUAUUCUAGAUAAAUUACCAAGAGAGUUCUAUGAAAAAAUUGAAUCAAAACAAUGGAAAGAGAGAAAAGAAGUAGCCGAUGAAUUGUUAACGUUGACAACAAAUAAUCAACGACUAUUAUCGGGAGAUUAUUUUGAAUUGGUUAAAGCGUUGAAAAAAGUCAUUGCCAAAGAUAGUAAUGUUAUAUUGGUAAUUACAGCUGCUAAAUGUUGUUCGGGAUUAGCCAAAAGUUUACGUAAAGACUUUUACAAGCAUUCAUUGGGUGUGAUCGAAGUAUGUCUGGAUCGUUUUCGUGAGAAAAAGACAAGUGUUGUUGAUGCAUUGCGUGAAACAUGUGACAUUUGUUAUCCGGGUACAAAUUUAGAACAAAUGAGUGAAACAACGAUGAGCAUGUUAUCUCACAAAACUCCUUGCGUUCGGCAGUAUACACAACAAUUUUUAACAAAAUGUUUUGCGAUGGCUACUACGACAACAUUGCCAAAAAAAGUGUUAAAAGUAUAUUUACAAGCAUUGAUCAAAAAUAUGAGUGAAGCUGACUCUGGUGUUCGCGAAACAGCAGCUGAAUCGAUCGGCACAUUAUGGAAAAAUUUGAGCGAAAAAAAUGUUCAACCAUACUUGACGGAUAUGGAUGAAUUAAAAUUGAAUAAAAUCAAAGAAUAUUCAGAAAAAGCGGUCUUAUUGAAUGCGAAAGGUGAACCACGUGGAGCAGCUGUGGUAUCAGUAACGACGAAAAAAACUGAUCCAGAAAUUGUAAAACCCUCAGAACCACAUUCCGAAUCGAGUCGUUCAAAAGAGGGGGCCCAAAAAGCAGGGACAACGAAGAAAAAGCAAGUGUCGGCAACAACCGGUAAAAAAGCUGGUGGUACACAAUCGGCUACCAUUUCGACUAAUUUGAAUGAGCCAUAUUGUGAACAAGAAUUGCCCGUAGAAGAAGCCGAAAUAAAAGCACUCGAUUAUGUUAGCGAGGAUACGUUACAAGGUUUAACCGAUUCGGAUUGGAAAACGCGAUUGGCGUCCGUCGAAAAAUUAUUUGACAAAAUUAAAACUUUAUCGGAUCAAGACGUUGAGCGAGAAUGCCAGUUGUUUCUUCGUUUGAUAACAAAGACGCCAGGUCUUAAGGAUAUUCAUUUUCAAGUGCUUAAAGCACGUUUCGAUAUCAUCAUCCAUUUGGCAACAAAGUCAAACAAAUUUUCUCAACAAUCAUUAAAGUUAUGUUUGCAAGAUGUGCUCAAUAAAGUGUCGGAUGCUAAAAAUUCUCAAACAGCGAAACUAACGUUGACAUGUCUGUGUGAAGCAUGCUCGUUCCAAUAUGUUUUAUCGCUGAUAUUGCCCCAAAUUAAUGAUAUCAAAAAUCCAAAGACAAUCGAACAAAUUCUGUUGUGGAUAAGUCAAACGAUCAAAGAGUUCUCGUUGGUAAAUGGUCUCGAUGUGAAGCUGUUGGUUCAGAUAUGUAAACAACAAAUGCAAAACUCCAAUGCAAGUGUGAGACAAUCGGCAAUGAUAUUGAUAUCGACAUUACACUUGUACAUGGGCAAAACGAUUCGUACACUAUUUGACGAUGAAAAACAAACGAUACGAACGUUGAUUGAUCAAGAAAUUGAGAAAAAUAAAGAUGAGAAAGCACCGCUAGCAAGCAAAUUUUAUAAACGACAACAACAGGCAUCCUUAUCAUCGGGUACAGCAAAACAUCCUGUGCAAGAGAGUGUCGAUGAUGAGGAGAUGGGAAAUUAUGAAAUGGAAACGGAUGAAAAACCAGACAGAAUGGAAUCUCUGUUACCACGUAUCGAUAUUAGCCACCGGAUUACAGAAGAUUUCAUAAAACAAUUGAAUGAUAAAAAUUGGAAAGAACGUCAAGCAGCAUUGGAGACAUUGAAAACACUAAUGACUCAAGAAAAAUUAAUCAAGCCGAAUUUAGGCAACGACCUUAUUGAUGCAUUGAAAUUAAGAUUGAAUGAUAACAAUAAAAUGCUGGUGAAUUUGGCAUUGAACAUAUGUCAGUUGUUAGCAACGGCAUUGGGACAAAAUGGUUGUAAAGUACAUGCUAAAACAUUGACGCCGGCAAUCAUGCAAUCGUUUAAUGAUGCAAAACCUCAAGUUCGUCAGUGUGCAAUAUCGACGCUGAAUACUUGGUACGAACAGUGCGGGUUUCUUUCAAUGUUUGAUAUUGAAUCAGUAUUAGAAUUAUUUCAAAAAGGCAAUCCGUUUAUGUUACAGGAGUUGUGUGGUUGGCUAGCGUCUGUAUUACAAAAGUCAACACCGGGAAAAUGUGCUGAGCUGAAACAAUUGAUACAGCCUGUUUAUACAUGUUUAGAAGAUCGAUCGGCUGAUGUCCGAUCAAAAGCCCAAGAGCUUAUUUUACCGUUGAUGAUUCACGUCAGUUAUCCAUCGAUGGCACAAGCGGCGAAUAAAUUAAAAUCUGCAUCACAAGCAGAAAAACGAACGACACGACCACAAAGCGCUCCAUUAAAACCACCAACGGGUCUUAAAUCAUCUGAGGAUUUAAUGGAAGGUAAUGAUAACCGUCCAGCAACGGCUUCAGCUAGUGACUCCUUGGCAACGGCCGAUCCAAAAAACGACAAAACGAAACCAAAGACUAGUUUUUCGCUGAUCAAACCGUCACAAUUGAAAACAAAGUCACUGCCAUUGGCUAAAUCUACUAUUCAGCUAAAACCAUCAACCGACACACCGGAAAAGCAGAAAAUAUUAUCAAAAACUGAUAAACGACUAGCAAAAAAAUCCAAAAGUACAUUAUUUGAGCGUCGAUCAUUGUUGACCAAUAACUCCACACAUCGACAACAAGAAGAAAAACAAUUAUCGUAUAUCAAAAAGACAUCAUCCAUGGAUCUAAAACGUACAUGUUAUUUAAGUGGUGGCUCUACUUCAUCAUUAAGUAGUACGAAUUCAUCUGUACAAUCGACUACAGUAUCAAAUAGUCAUCAUCCAUUCGCCAUGUUAAGAUCAUUAUCAAAUCGUGAACUCGAUGAACAGCAACAACUUGAGCUUGUGACACAACCAUCUUUAUUGACUACGACGAACAAAAGUCGAAUACCAAUCAGAAUAAGGGACUCAACGUCAGCAUCAACGUAUAAACCAGUUUUCUAUACUCAACCAAAUUAA